AUGGGGGGCGGUCAGGGGAGAAAGGACUGCAGCCUGAAGGAGUGGCUGGGUCGUCUGGGUCUAGAGGACACUGUGAGCCUCUUAGAGAACGGUGGUUAUGAUGUCAACAAUCGUUUCGACGUGAAGCUUGAGGCUGCGGGUUUGGGGACGCUUCAGCAGAUUGAAGGGCUUGCUAGAGAGGAGGCAGAGCAUAUCCGACAGCACUUUGAGGGAGAGAUCAAGGAGAUAGAGGAAGCAGUACAAGAACCUGACAUGGAAAGCAGCAUCCCCUUGGGAAGCAGGAAGAGGCUUCUGAGGAGAGCCUAUCAAGAUCCUGGCACGCCGUCUGCCAGCUUCUGGGAUGGCCCAUUCGGGUCCAGGCUUCCUCCUGCUCUGAGGAAAAUCUGUGACGAGCAUGGGUUCGAGGAAGCAGAAGAUCUGUACACAUUGACAGAGGAGGAGCUGCAGGACCCUUCUUUCGGCCUGAAGGUUGCCUCAAGGAAUAAGCUGUUGAAUGCUCUCCAGGAGGCUGCAAAGGUCCUCGACUGCGGAGUCGAUGCUGAAAGCGGACUCGAAGGCGCAACGGCUCUCGACGAGACGACUGGCUUGAUGCAGCCGAAGGCUUACCGGAGGUUCCAGCUCAUGGCACUGGACAAUGAUCACCAGAAUGACCGAUUGGUUGAGAAGAUUGUCCUUCCAAGAAGGGAGAUCGUCGAGCUUUGCAAUGACGUCUUCCCUGCAAGCUGCAGAGGAAACGCGUCCAAAUUGCAGUUCGACAAACUCGAUACCAUCAGCCACGAGUGCUACGGCCUUUUUGGACAGAAGCUGCCAAUGCUGAAGCUGUUGGCCCGGUUGGGAGCCAUCUCGAGCACGGAAGCCAGUACGAAUCACCAGAGUUGGAACGAUCUGGCCCCGGGUAUGUACGCGAUCACUGUCCAGGGCCAUUAUCCUUCCGACGCUGGGUCUGGCUUGGCAGGAAGCUUGCGGCGGACCUUCGUCGUCUAUUGGCCACAGGACGACAGGUUCCUCUCAGUACAGGCAACGGACCAGACCACGACCUUUCUGAGAUACCUCACUCAGCUGUGCGAGCACGUCUUCGUCUGCAUGGACCAGAAUGCAGCCCUGGCUUUCCCCAAGGACCGGAUCGAGAAGGAGUCCCAGAGGAUACUGGAAAUCAGCAUUGACAAGACUACCGUUCAGGAGGAGAAGUUCGAGUUGCGCGGCGGGGUGACCUUCAACACUGGUUCGAAGUUCUCUGCCUCUGCUAGUGAGGGAAACAGACCAACCAUCCAUCUCCUCGCUGGUGGUGGCAGCCGGGCUGCGAUUCUGUUGGGGAAGGAACUUCCGCCUCAACGGGGAUGGAACAGCCAGUGGACGAAGAGGUUCCAGACGGGCGGAGCUGAGGUUAUGCUGCAAAAUCUUCAGCAGAAGUAUAGCGUGUACCUGGCUGGCGAGAUGGCCGACGAGGAGAAGCUGUUACUUCUCGAGCAUCACUCCUCCGACUGCAGGCAAGAAAUCUACUCGGAGGAGUUUGAGAGCAGGUUCUCUCCUCCUGCUGGCAAAGACGGUGCGGGGACGGCUGCGGCGCCCUCUAGCGAGGAACUUCGGCCGGUGGAUGGGGCCGGCGACGCGGGCGGGGCGAAGGUGACUGGGGAUUUCAGAGGCAAGGCCCCGGUUGAUGACGAAGUCAUGACCGAUGCGGAGGAGCAGGGAGCCCCCUCUCAGGCUAUCGACGAAGGGACCGGGGCGGACAACACGGAAGCCCGCGAAGCUGACGAAUCUGAGGGCACAGUGUUUGAGCUACAGAGGCGGCACCGUGAUCUGGGAAUUGACGCGGAUCUGGAGCCCAGUCUGCUCUCCAGGCAAGCUAUGAAGACAAGAUUGGCCACUUGCUUGGCUGUCUUGAUACUGACUCCAAAGGCUCCGAAGAGCGAAUCCAUCGCCCAGCUUUUGCGAACGGAGGAAGGCGCCACCUUGAAUAAAAACAGCCGCGGAAUCAUUUCGUUAAGCAGCCUGCCUUGGAAGCGAGAAUUGGCGGAGGCCUGCCAGGAGAUCGUCCUCAAUAUUCCCGCGACCUUGCGGAGCGGCGCUGCCGCCGGGGGCUACAGAAAGAGCGCCUGGAAAGGAUCCAGUAGCGAGACGAACAGAAGGAAGAAAGUCGAGACGGACCGGAUCAACAAUGAGUACGAGGCUUUGAAGGGGGAACGACGGCGGUUCAUGCUGGCGCGAAUUGAGAGGGCAGUCUUUCCGACGGUUACAAGCGGGGAGGCGCAGAAGCUGGCCCUCAAGUUGCGGCGCUUCAUCAGGAAGGGGGACUACGUAACCAUGCUCGGGGACCUGGAGGAAAGUGAGGAGGCCUGUACAGCCUACGCGCUAGAGGAGCUCUGCAUUUCGAAGAAGAACGACGAGAAGCUGCAGGGUGAUCCCUUCUCCGUCGUUUCUCCAGAAACAUCUCGGCCUGUGCGGUUCGACAUCGCUUCAGCCCAGCAGAUCGUCCAGGUCUUCCUCGUCAGGGGAACGCGCUUUAUCGUCGUUGGAAACGACCCGGCGACCGGCAAAGCAGUUCUAUCCCUCUACUGCCUCGCCGAGAGCUCCCAGCCGUAUGCCUGCCCCAGGUUCGGCAAAGCAGCCUCUUUGGCGGCGUUCGACGAGCAAACGCGUCUUCUCGCUCUGUACUCCUUCGAGGAGGAUGCGGCAGCGUACGAACCUGCUGACGUCAGGGAGGCCGAUCGACCGGGGGCAAGGACGUCGACCGUACGGCGGAGCGAGCUGGCUGUGUACCGGUUUGACGAGCGAUACCAGCGCUAUGACCGGGCGGCCCCGGUGGUCGAUCUUACGCUGCUUAGUGGCGACCCGGAGUUGAAGCAGCUGACCUUUCUCCAUUCGCGGCGCAAGCUCGCGUUCCUGGACGCCGGCAACCGACUCCGGAUAUACGACGUCCAGCAAGGCUGCGCGCUCAACUGCAACUUGCAGCUGAGACCGGCGGAGCCGGUCUGCAGGCUCCUCUCCUCCGAGCGCGGACAGUGCGUCUUCGCGGUGGAGCAACCGGACAGCGAAGGGUUGUGUCGCGUUUAUCCUUUCAUGACGUCAUCUCUGGAAAGGGACUCGACCGGUCAAGGCAGCGAUCAGGGGCUGUCGCCCGUCUCGCUCAAAGUGGGAGGCGCCUUCGACGUCGUUUCGUUUGGCUUGGGCUCGCAAGUACGGCAGGGGCAGUUGGCCGUACUAGAGAAGAGCACGGGCCUGGUGAAGGUGAUGGCGCUCCACGUCACGGCGAAGGAGGAGGCCUGCAUGAUGCGAGACGUGCUCGACCAGCCCUCGAGGCGAAUGCCGGCCGAGACGGUGCAGCUGACGGUGCUCGAGUACCUGUACUACGUCUACGCCAAGUUUGCGGCCAAGGGCGUCAUCAGCAACGAUGAGGAGAGUGUCGCGCUGCGCCUGACGGUGCUCUUCGACUGCUCGGAGACCAUCUUCUGGAAUAUGGACCUGUCGCGCCGCGUGCAACAGUACGUCGACACGGUGGAGAGACUUCUUUCCAGAACGGAGAAAAGGACGGAGGUCCUGCGCCUCAAGGAGCGGCUCCAAGUGGGCUCUUUGCAAGCUGGCUGGUCCCGCGCGCAAGCGAUUCCAAGUGAGGACUGGGCGUUGGAGCCCCGCCUAGCGUCGCUCGGCCUUGCAGAGGAGAUAGCUGCGGAGGAGGGCUUUGGCACGUGGGUGCGGCGGCUCAUUUGCCUGGUCCCAAUCCAGAUUGCGCGCGCGGAGGACAACAGCUUCCAGGUCCUGCUGGAUGGCGUCAGCAUGACGGGCGACCACGCGCGCAGCGUGGGGACCUGCGCGGAGGGCAUCCGCUUUGGGCUGUACGACGCGAUUUUGGACUGGUGGCGGGGCCCAAUCCGCAUCGUUUCGUCCAUGGGCAAGCAGUCGACGGGGAAGUCGUACACGCUAAACCACCUGUUCGGGCUGUCGUUCGAGAUCUCCGGCGCGCGCUGCACCGACGGCUGCUGGCUGACGCUCAGCAUCAUCCGGGGGGUGAUGUACCUUGUUCUCGACUUCGAGGGACUGGGUUCGUUUGAGCGGACGGAUCAAGAGGAUAUGCUCCUCUCCGUGUUCAACGCGGCGAUCUCCAACCUGACCAUCUUCAAAACCGAGUACCGGCUCGACCGCGACGUUGAGAACAUGUUCGCGCGCUUCCAAACCGGGGUCAACCUGCUCAAAGGCGACGCGCGGCUCUUCCGGGGCCAGUUUCUGAUUGCGAUCAAGGACGUGCUGGCGCUUGACGUGGACAAAGUCCGGCACGAGUUCCGGAGCAAGAUCAGCCGGAUCGUCAGUGGAACCGACUCGGACAACACGGACAACUUCAUCCCCCGGAUGUACGGUGGCAAGGUGGUCAUCCUUCCGUUUCCGCCGCUCGGCGAUCCGGCUUACUACUCGGAGUUGGAAAGCGUUCAGAGGGUUUUGGAGGGGCGGCCGGGGCAGUUUGAGAGCGGACCGGAGCUGGCUACAUUUAUGAAGACGCUGAUGGCAAAGCUGCAUCUCAAAGACUGGGUCGCGAUGGAUCAGGAGCAGCUGGAAGCCCGCGUGCGGUUCCUCUCUAAGUAUUUGGAGCCGGCUUUGGCGUUUGGGCGCUUGAGCAGGGAGGAGUAUGCGGAGGAAGAAGAGGAGUUGCGGGACCUGAGCACGAGGUAA